AUGACAUAUAACGAUUUAAAGCAAUAUAACAAGCAUGCUAGUGUAGUGAAUAAAGCAUUUAUGUCAUCAUCGAAAGAUCGUCAAAUAGCCGAACAAUUUGCACGACCUGAUAUUCAUAGACUGAAUCAAUAUGGAGAAGAAAUUAAAUUAUUUGCUAUAUUUACUUACGAAAUAUGUAAGGAUUGCACUGGUUUUGUUAUUGAAACAAUAUCUGAAUAUCCACAAGAAAAAGAAAUAUUAAUUACGCCACUAUCAACAUUUAAAAUUAUCAAUAUUCAAAAAAAUAACGAUACAACGAAUCAUAUUGACGUAGAAAUUUAUUUAAAAGAAAUUUAA